CGUCCACGUUUUUUCAGCCAUGGAAGUCCUUAACAUUUCCUCGCUGCUGCCCACGGCGCAUACCUGCCCUCGCCAGAGUCGAGUUGGUUUGUGUUGCUGUGAGAUGCGGGUGAGCGGUUGAGUAUUUUCGUCGGUGCUCUGUGUGAGUGUGUGUGUUUUCGGUCCAUUUUCAUGUCGACUCAACCAAACGACGACAUCCCCAAGACGAAAAGGACGACAACAACAAGAAAGUGGCGUCGCCAUUAUUAUUUUUCCAACCGACAAGUGAUUGCAGUGUGUUGGUGAAUUGAGCCAGUGCCAAAUAAUAAGAAGAAGUGGAGGUGUGUGGCUUUUUUGAGAAGACGGCCAUUCUUUCUGUGUGUGUGUGUGUGCAGGCAGUGCUCAUGUGUCGUUGAAUCUUCUCGUGUCGUUUCGACGAAAAACCAACGCCCCGAUUGAAUGACAGGUGCUACAAGAAUAACUGAAUACAUUCGACUGUGAUUCAUUCGGUUGACUGAUCCCCAUCAUCAGGCGAAUUUGAUGUGAUUAUAUGAAGCCCCAUGUGCGUUAUGGCCAUACACCACACUCGACGGCUGGAGGUGGUGGCGGCGUUGGCGGAGGAGGAGGAGGAGUUGAGAGGUCUUCCGCAGCUGCUGCCGGACGGGUCCAUCCACAACUGUACCGGCGGGCCGGCGGAGGCAGAGGCGAUGACGAAGGCUCAUCGAUGAUUGAAGAGUACAAACUGGAGGAGCAAUUAGCGCCGUUCUACGAGACGGCCUCCUCCUCUUUGUCGGAGCGCAACGAACGGACGUCUUCUUCUUCCGUCGCCGCCUCCCAGCUGCAGCAGCAGCACAUACAACAACAACAACAGCAAUCGGCCCGAUGUUUCCUGCCGCCGGCCCAAUCGCAAACCGGCAAACCUGCUCUCAGGACCAUCUCCAUCAUGGAAACGCUUAGCGAGUUGACGGGGGCCAGCGCCCAAUCCGCCCGCUUGCCGGAAGGAUCCAACAACAACACCUCGACGACAUCCGCCAAUCGCAGAGACGCUUCUUCUUCUUCCGGCGGCAAUCAACAGCCCGCCCAGCCGCCCAUCGGCAUCCAGCGGCGGAUGAAGAAGAUUGUCGGCAGAGACAACGCCAACCACAGCAACGGCAACAGCAUGGCGGCCAUGGCCAACUUGCUGGACAUUCCUCAGUGGUAUCCACCCAAGGGCAGAGUCGUUGCUGCAUCCAGCCGGCCGGAAGCCUCCAACGUUUUAGGAUUGACGGCCGGCGGCGCUGGAGGCAGCAGCAGCAGUGAGCGAGUGUGGGAUGUGUCCCAUUUCGGGUCGAGACCCGGCAAACAUCCGCAGGCAACAACCCACAACAACAACAACAACCUGACGGCCCACCGGAACAAAGCCCGGAGCGUCCAAGACAUGCUGCUGCUCCACAGUCCGUCAAAGUCAGUCCAGGGUGGUGGCGGUCACACCAAAAUGGCGUCCGCCGCCGCCGUGGCCGCCGCCGUGUCAUCGGCCACCAGCGCCCACGGCUACGGCUCGCUGGAAAGGAGACGGCGGCGACGUCCCGGGACGAGAGGCGCCGGAUUCGUUGGUGCCCGUCGAGGCGAGACGGACUGGGAGCGCGAAGCGGACGAGGAGGAGGAAGAAGAUGACGAGGACGAAAUGGGACGAGGCGGAGGAGGAGUUUACGGCGUCGGCGGAUUGGGAGGUUACGCAAGACACGACAGACACGAAACGCAAUCGGUUUACGCCCUGCAAAGUGGUGGGGGUGUGCCGUCCUUGUUCCGGCAGACGCAGCCACAGCAACAGCAGCGGAGGACUAGAAACGAUCCGGCGGUUGCGGUCGAAGUGGAUCACCACCGGGAACGUGCCGCCGCUGCCGCCCGCCACAAUUACAAACCGCCGACCGAAUGGUUCAAAAAGAAGCGACCGCCUCCGCCGAUUUCUUCCGCCUCUCCGGCCAGUCGACUCCUCAAGGUCGGAGGCGCCAAUAGCUCGGCAUCAUCCAUGGACCAGCAGCAGCAACAGCUGUUGCAGCUCAACAAGGAGCGUGGGCAGACGCCCGACUGGAUCCACAAGAUCUUUGACGUGGCCCGUCGUGGCCACUUAUUGAAACUGCAACGAGUGAUGGCCGGAAUGGAGCCGACGCUGGUGAGAAACCUGUCGGACCAUCGAGGCAACAACCUGUUGCACGUCCUGGCCGGCUCGGGAAAUGCCGACGCCUUGGCCUGGCUCUGCUCCUCGUUCGGCCCGGAAAUGCAGGACGCCCUGCUGGACGAGAACAAGCGCGGACUGACGCCCGUGGUCGCCGCCAUCCAGGGCGGGCGGCUGGAAGCGCUCCAGUUUCUCGUUGACCACACGUCGGCCCGCGACCGCCUGGCACCCGUCGACGGCGACCGCUGCCUCCUCCACAUCGCCGCCAAAUACGGAAAGAUUGACCUGGUGGCCUGGCUGGCCCAGUACAUGGAAUCGCACGGCGUCGAAGUCGAUUUGCGGGAUCAUUGCGGGCACAGCCCGCUGCACCUGGCCGCCAGAGCCGGACACGCAUCGGCCGUUGCCAUCCUGGUGGCUCACGGAGCUGACGUCACUGCCAAGAAUGACAUGGGUCAUCGUCCUCUGGAUCUGGCCAGCGCCAACGGCCAUGUGGGAGUUGCACAACUGCUCCGACUCCACGAUGCCGCUCUCUGCCUGUCGUCGGAAACACUGGAGGCCAACGAGGAAUUGGACAACCUGCGCGGAGACUACGCCGAACUCAAAUCCUACUUCAGGGACGUGCUGGUGAUUGGCAAGCGCUUGGCAAAGGAGCGAGAUGAAAUGUGCCGCCAGCUGGGCAGACUCUACGAGGACGUCACCUCACUCCACCAGGCCUUGCUCUUUGAGCUGAGGACCCUCCAUCGAGACCUGGCCGGCGUCAGGGAUCGCGUCACCAGUUCCAGGAAGGCCGGCGAAAUCGCAGACCGCAAUUUGGACGAAAGCGUGGCCGUCGUGGAGGCUCUGCACGACAAGUGGCAGAGCCAGCAGCGCAGUUGGUUCUCGAGCAGUUUGGCCGACAUGGAACAUCGUCUCCUGCUGGCCGAGGACGGCUGGAAACGGCUCCGAACGUCCAGCUCCACCAAGCACCGCACUUGUCAGAUCCGACCUCACGAACUGCUCAGGAGUCGAUUGGCAGCUGUCAACGCUCAGGCCAGCAACAUCCAGUGCGACGUGACGGCCCUGUCUUCGGACGAAGGCUCUUUGUAUUCGGGCUGCUGUCAGUCGGGCGGGGCCAGCGGCGGUUCGGACGCAGAAGAGGACGACGACCGAGCCUUGGCGUCCGUCGAGUCGGCAGUUACGGCUGGCAAUUACGGUGGCCGUUUCUCGCCGACGGCCAUCAGCGGCGCUUCAACCGCCCGGGCCGGAGCAGGAGGCGAAAGUGUGGCGGGUUCAACAGCGGCCAACACCUCCCCCACUACCAAUGCCGGCCCACCUACUUGGUACAGCAAAAGCCCGAGGAGCUCGGCCGUCAAGACGCUCCAGGCGGCACCCGGCGGCCACACCCGAAAUGGAACGGUGGCGGCGGCGUCGGUGGCCGACUCAACAAGUGACAGCGUCUACGGCAGCGCUAUGCAAGCGGCCUCCGCCCGCAAGAUGGGCCAUCACUCCGGCCCCGAGUCGCAGGAGCAUCAGCUGGAAAGGAGCGGUGGCGUCGGCGUCGGCGGCUACCACCGGAAGAAGCCGACGCCUUCGUCGUCGUCACGCCAGGAGCUCCGCAAGCGGCUGCAGGAGGUCAAGCUGACGUCCGAGUCCGGCAACGCCUCGGUCAUUGAAGUCAUCGAGCCAUCUAGUAGCGAAGCCGAUGACCACGACGAUGUCCUGGACGGGCGGACGCCCAGGGACCAGUCGACGCCCUUGCGCGGCAGCAACACGCGCUCCUUUAACGCCUCCUUCUCCGAGGAGCUGGAGCGGGCCCGGCAGAGCAAACGGAUGCACAGUAAUCCCCUGGUGACGGCCAGCAAAUCGGCCGCCGGAUUGGAGUCGAACGCGGCCGUCGCCACCGUUCCGGCCAACGCCAAUUCCAACAGUCCGCAAACUUUAGCCGAACCGGAUCUACUGGCCGGGACUGUGGCCGUCAUGGCCGCCGGGUCGUCGUCCUCUUCGCGGAGUUGUCACGAUCUCGGCCUGAUCCAGCGGCUGGUCGACCAGCAACAACUGGCGGACCACCAGCUGGCCGCCGGCGGAGCAGAUGACGGGGACAACAUGGCCACCAACCACUCGACCAGGAGCCACUCGAGUUUGAGCAGCAGCAACAACACGGCCGUGACGUCCGUCUCGGUUCCGGCCGCCGCCGCUGGAUCGCGUAAGAAGAGCGGAGGAGGAUUCCUGACCAAAUUCGCCCUGAAGGCGCGUUGGCCGUCCAAACGGUCCACCAAGUCCAGUCCGGCCGAGUCGCCGGCGGCCUCGCCCAUCGCUUGUGGCUCCCCGCAAACGACCGGCAACACGGAGACGGAAAGCGGUCCGUCCGAUUUGAGCCUGGGCGACUCGACAUCGACCACGUCGCCGCAACUGGUCCACCACCACCACCACCACGGCCGCCAGUGCGAGGAGGACGAGGAGUCGAGCGGAGGCAACAACACAUCCGCCGGAGUGGUGGCCGGAUUGAGUCAGAUGUUUGAAGACAUGUCCAUGUCCGGCAUGGUCAAGUCACCGGCCAAGCCCAGCCCUCAAGUGGUCCAGCUCAUGACGGCGACGAGUCUGGAGAAACGGGUGGGUGGUCACUCGCUGGGCGGCCCGGAAUCGUUGGAUGGAUCGCGAAGUAAAUCGUCGGCCGGCGGAUCGGUGGCGGAUUCGUCGAUCCAGCAAGUGGUGAUGGACUUGCCGCCGUCGACGUCACCUCCGCCGGUGCCACUGGAGAUUGAAACGUACAAUUCAAUGUCUCCGUCUAGUCAGAAUGAAACGUCAUCCUCAUCCUUGUGCAGCUCAUCCGGCGGUGGCGGCGGCGGCGGAGGAGGAGGCGGAGGGAGCGGAAGUGGCAGCCUGCCGUCGAUGCAACCACCUCCGCCACCUCCGCGCUUCUCGACCGGCAGCCAGAAGGGAUCGUCGGACUUGUCUUCCAGUUCCAGCAAAGUGAGCAGCACUUCCGGCGGAGGUGCGGGCAGCGGAGUCGGGGUGGGAGGAGCCACUCCGGGCUCGUCUUCCGCCUCGUCUUCCACGUCGGCGUCACACGGAGGCGUCGAGUCACUCAGCGUCGCCGCCUCGGAGGAUUCCGGAAUCGUCAUGGCUCGCCCGGCUUCGUCGGCCUCCAAAUCGGAUUCGUCACCGCGCCACCCUCCGGCCCCAUCCUCCUCUUACUCCUUCGCCAACUCGUCGACUUUCAGUCCACUCCGCAAAGCCACGCUGAGCGGAGGGAGCGGAAGCGGCAGCUCGAGCUCUUCGUCGACCCACCAGUCGAUCCACCAGUCGAUGCAGCCGGAUGGCGACCAGCAAACACGACACCCUGGCCUGUCGUCUCCGGCCUCGUCCGACUGCAUGUCCAAGACGGACACGCUCUCGCAAGGAACCGCCGACCUGUCCAAAACGGAGUCGAUGCGCCACUUCCGGCAGUUGGCGCGGAUCGAGGAGCAAGCGGCCGGGGCCAGCGGCGUCAUCCAGCAGGUCGUUGUCGACGGCCAUCCGGAGAAGAAAGUCGUCGACCAGCUGAUGAAAGGGUCGCCUCAAUCCGGCCAGCCGCCGGAUUCCACCAACGCCAGCGUCGAAAUGGCCCAUCAAUCCGGCCAAAUUCUGACGUGGAGGGAAGCCAAGUUGAAGAAUCAGGUCGUUACUCCGCCCCCGCUGGAAGAGCGGCUCAAUAAGGCCCGAGUGAGGCUGGAAGAGAAGAGCAUCCGGACGUUGAAGAAGCGCCACCACCACGUGACGGAGCGUCCGUGGUACGACGUGUCGGACGACGAGUCUGACCUGCUGACGCCCGAACGGCUCACCAAGCUCAAAACGUCCUUGUCCAGCAGCGACAGUCCCAGCAGCGACAGCAACAACAGCCACGGCAGCAGUAGCAGCAGCAGUAGCGGCGACGAGGAACAAGUCUGAGUACAAUUUUCCAAGUAAAACAAAUAACAACAACUACAACUCCCAUUUUCUUAUUGAAAAAACAGUAAUUGACAAAACAAAAGUCCAGCCCAGUUGCCAUAUAUAUUAUAUAUAGACACACACACACACAUAAUCACCCAUUUAUAUAUAUAUAUAUUUUUUUUCAAUCCUUUACUUGAGCUCUUACCUUCCGACCGAGUCCUAGUAGGAAAGAUUUCCAGCCUCGCCCCUCCCAUUUUUUUAAAUUUGUGCGAUUUCGAACAAAUUUUAAAAAAUGGGAAAUUCGAUCGAAACUGUCGAUGCUGCCAACACACACAGUACAUAUUUUUGAUGAUGUGUAUAGUUUUUUUUUUCUUUCUUUUAAAUCAAUUAUCUCGUUGCCAAAUACCUCCCUCGUACAUGGCUCUUUACGUAUCACGUGUGUCACGCGCCUGCGUUGUCUUAUUAUACCGCCCCAAUGUCAAAUGUGUGCCCGUAAUAAUUAGCGGAUAAGAUCAACCAGUCGCAGAGUGCCAUCAAAUAUUACGACUCGACGUACAGUACGUAUAGACAAUUUGUUUCUUCUUAAUUAAGGCAUUUCAAGUUGCAAGGGUUUCUAAUUUUUUGGCUUACCUUUUUUUUUAUUUUUUGUAAAUGAUGAAACUACUCAAGUCUAUGCAUUUGGGUAGACUAUAGGAACGCCCCCCUUUAUACACAUUAGCCAGUCUAAAUUUAAAAAAAUAUCCGUUCUUUUUUUUUAAAUAAUGAAUUACAUAAAUACAUAAUGACAAUAUAUACAGUACAUACACUACUAUAUAUAUAUAUAAUAGACACACAUUUUAUAAGUCUUCCUCCCUCCCCCUCCGUUUCUCCAUGAAAUCUUUUGCUGCGGUUCAAGUGGAUCAGGGAUCAUUUCUUUUCUCUUCGACAUCCCCUUUUGUUCGGGCCUCUUAUUUUUCUCCCUUCACUUUUUCCACUUUUUAUUUUCCCCCCAGUUUGUUAGGAGAACUUGUGGUAUUGCGGCCAAAACAAAUUCCAUUCCGUCAUCGCACCCCCCCCCCCCAUUCGUUUGUUAUACAUAAAAGAGAAUUUUGCUCCUCCUGUCGCAGUUUCUUUAUAACCCCACCACCACCACCCACCCACCCACACACACACACACAGUACGGUACCUGAAAGUUGCAUCAUUCCAUAACCAGCAAUCAGCUAUUGGGCUAAAUUUCACCAAUUUGUUUGUUUUAGUUUUCUAAUUCAUUCACCAGUUUGAUUCCAUUGGUGUCGAUUGACCAUUCGACAUUUACCUUUUAUGUCAUUCCAAUCUUUCAUCUAACUAUAAUCCCUCACCAAACAGACGAACGAAAUGACAACAAAUUGAGAGAGAGAGAAAUCAUUCCGUCCACGGUCGUGUUGUUUUGAUUUGUCGCUGUCCGCUCCCUUUUUGCUCAAAUAAGUGAAAAAAAAAAAUUUUAAUUAAAAUUUUAAAAAAUGAAGAAAAAAAAAGAAAACAUGAUCCUUGCGUGUAAAUAUGAUAUACAUUUGAUAUCGCUAUCAAUUUGAUUUGUGCUGUCGCAUAUUAUUCCCGUUCGUCAUCACCAUCAGCGCCCCUAUUAUUAUUUUUUUAUUAUUAUUAUUAUUGUCUCGUUUGUUUGUUUGUUGUUUUUCCCUCUUUCUCCAAUCUUUUAUUUUGCUGAUUUUUUACCGACGUCAAUAAAAGACAAGUUAAAGAGGAAACGAAUUAACUUUGGCCGUCUUGAUUGCGGCACCGGUAGCCAAUUAAUCAUUAGCAAAGUCCGUCUGGGUCCGAUGAUUUGUGGGGGAGUGUGACCCGCAUCGAGUGGUUCAUUAAUCGACAGUCGACCUGUUAUCCACCUCAAUUUGUGGCCUGGACGAUUACCACCUGUAUAUAAAGACGGGUUCCAUCGACGGACAGGGUACCACACAACGGGAAUCUUCCGAUCGAGUCAAACGGCGGUGUCCAAUUCAGUCACGUCAGCUGCCGCCUAAAGAGAUGUUUGCUGUGGUUGUUUCAAUUCACGUGGUGCUGCUGGCCCUGGCGGUGGCCGGACUGCCGGCCCAUCACCAACUGGAAGCUCGUCAGAGCUCAGAUGGUUGCGGUCCCAAUCCAUUGGUGGCCGUCAUUUCCUACGCCCGCGAAUUCGCGGAUUUCAGCCCCCAUCAGUUGAUGCGCUUCAUCGAAUCGGACACCAGGGCCGGCAGUCAACUGCGAUCUCUGCUGCGGACGUACGACGAUUGCGUUCGAACUGGCGACGGAACUCGAUACAAGAAAAGCGGAUCCGCUCUGGAAAUGAUGGACGACGUCGAAUCCGAUCCGGGCAAAUCUCCGUUUCGGAUGCUGGCCGGCAACAACAACAAGUCUCAACAGCAGCAUUCACUGCAGCAAGCCAACCAGUCGCUGUUGAGGGCCCUGGCCAGCCACCGACUCUUUUAACGAUAUUCGAUUGUCCAGUUGAUCGCUUCUCAUCCGAUGAUCUCAGCCAAAUUUCUUUCCUUUGUAGUAUUAGUUUUGACCAAAAUAAUCCCGCCCUGGAAACGUGUACUAUAAAUAUACGUCCGUGUAGCAUUCCA